UAACGCGGGAUCCUCAACACACUUCCGGCUACUGACUAACAUAAACAACUGCGUACCUUACCUUAAUUGCGCCCCUUUUGUCGUGUACAUACUCCGAGCAAACGUGUCUAAACUCGCGUAAACAAGCGGCGUGUCUAUCGAGAUGGAUUCGACGGAAGAUUUGUCUGCUCGUGUUCUUGUCAAACAUAUUCUCAGUACGGAGCCACUCAGGACUCCCGUCACCCGCAGUGUCUCCAAGCAGCAGAGGAGCCCAUCAACACGUAGUACCAGAUCGAAAACUAAAGAUGGACGUGCUCAAACUCCGCAGGACAUCAUAAGGCGAAGUAUGAGGCAGAAGAUGCGUGAGAGCAUAACCAGCCAAUCUGUGACACCUACCCAAAAAACGCCCUCUGCCAUGCUGAAAAAGGCAAACCCGCUGGCAUCAACUUCAUUUGAUGAGUCAGACACGCCGAGGCACCUUCUCAUGAACAUCUUGCAGACAGAGCCCAUCAGGUCACCUGUGGUUCGUGAGGAACCUGCGCCAGUGGAGCCGCCGCCGCCGCCGCUGCUGCCUUCAGCAGAUGCCAGCAUUGUUAGCAACCAUUCAAGCAUUGAGCUGUCUGGGUUGGAUCCGCCCAAUCUCACGUCCGACCUCGAAGCGAGUGUGGCAAUUGGACUAAGGAGGAAGAGACCGCGUCCCAGCCUCAACGUAACCGAUUUUGAAGCGCGCCUCAGAGAAGGCCAUGAUGAGUCCAUCAAGUUACCUGUGGUUCGUGAGGAGUCGCAGCUACCUUCAGCAGUUGCCAGCAACAAUCCAAGCAUUGCGCUGUCUGGGUUGGAUCUGCCCGAUCUAACGUCCGACCUCGAAGCGAGCGUGGAAACUGGACUGAGGAGGACGGGAUCACAUCCCAGCCUCGGCGUAACCGAUUUUGAAGAGCGCCUAAGAGAAGGCCAUGAUGAGUCCAUCAAGUCACCUGUGGUCCGUGAGGAGUCGCAGCUGCCUUCAGCAGUUGCCAGCAACAAUCCAAGCAUUGCGCUGUCCGGGUUGGAUCUGCCCGAUCUAACGUCCGACCUCGAAGCGAGCGUGGCAAAUGGACUGAGGAAGAAGCGACCGCGUCACAGCCUCAACGUAACCGCCUUUGAAGAGCAACUCAAAGAUGGCCAUUCAGAAGUCGUUGACGGAACUCGCCGAGCAAGCACUUCUCACGCCCUUGAAAACAGGGGAGACUCGGAGCUGGACUUAUCAAGCCCCGCGCAGGAAGAGGUUGGUGCCUCUCUCCAUCUUCCUGAGAUGAGCGACGGCGAAGAAAACAGCAAACAGCCCGAUGAGGCGCCGCCUGCUGAGGUUGCCGAUCCUACCGUAUACGAGGAAGAGUCGGAGGAGGACGACUCUGACGACCAAGACGAGCUGGAAUCCGAAGAAAUGAAGACUCCGUCAUUCAUUUGGGAGAAAGAGACUUUUCCCUUUCCAAGCGCUCCCACUGUUGUAAAGCCACAAGCCAGUGCUUCAACUGAAGAUGCCCCAUCAGCCAAACCAAAGCAAGUGAGAAAGCGGAAAGGAGUUGCGGCCCAGCAGAAGAACCUUGGUAUUCCCAAGAGCUACCUUAUGAGCACCUUUCGGCAUUUUGCCAAAACCAGGGUCUCCGACGAUGUUUACCCCGUCUUAAGGGACGCAGUGGACAAAUUCCUUGAUCGGAUGGUGGAGGACCUGGAGACAUAUGCCGCUCACGCCGGGAGAAAGAUUAUUGAGGUGGAAGAUGCCGUUCUGCUGUUGAGAAGGCAGCGUCACGUCAAUGACAAGGUGCCGGUGGAAGUGCUGAUUGAAAAAUACCUUCGGAUGGAACAGCGCAAGCUCCUCAUCCCCGUAGCAACCAGCGGGAAUGUCGUCGUUCCAAAAAUGAAGAAGUAUUGAAGUUUCUAUUUGUAAAACCCAAUAGUUUGCUGAUACAAUAUUUAAACCACUAAUAAAAUAUUUUCACUUCCA